UGGUAUGACCAAUAGUUGCAUGUCAGGAGCGAUCCUUAACAUGAGCAUCAUAUGGUGGAACCCCAAUCAGUGGAGGCCUCAUGGAAGGUAGUAGAUGUUGUUACGAGCUAUCGUAAGAACGCUAUUAUUUUCAAUAGUGAGUGUCCGUAGAAGCUGAAUGACCUAGAACCCUUUUAACCCAUCUAAGCCUUUUUUAGGAUGUAGCGCAGAAACAAGUUCAAGUACCAAUUUGUUCUUGUUGUCAUGCGAUGCUACGCUCAGACGAGGUCUUUUUAGGAAUAUUAUUGGUGCCCAUGAGCAAUUGUGUGUGCUGGUAGUAUCCGAUAGAAGAUUGAAAACUCUGGGAACCUUUGUAGAACCCGUUUGGCAGAGCCGUCUAUCUACCGUCAAGCUGAUUCCUCGACACAUUGAACUAGAAACAUGUAUCUGAAGAGUAUGGAAGAACUUCAACAAGACCAAGAGUUGCUAAGAGCAGAGGUUAGCCAGUUGAAAAUACAGAUGGAUCAGAUUAUGGAAACCCUGCAAGUCUUGUUGAAGAGAGAAUGCAACUUUCCUCCGAUUAUUACAAAGCAAGUGGAUACUCAUUUAGCCUUUUCCGUUGCUACUUCAAAUCAAGGGCAACCAUCUGUUAUGUCAUGUGAUUCAUAUUUUGGAGUAGAGAAGGAAACACCUGUUUGCUUUCCUCAAUCAGUGCUUCGUAGGACUCUGCAUCAACGUCCAUUGUCUGUUCCUUCUCAAGGUAACAAAAAGCAGAAACAAGAUCGGAAUCGUGAUAGGACUCACUUUGAUCCUAUUCCUAUGUCAUACACUGAACUGUAUCCUACUUUGGUCCGGAAAGGGUUAAUUACAACAAGAGCCAUGCCUCCUCCUCGAAACCCUCCCUCAAUAGGAUUUCGGCCUGAUCUUCAUUGUGAGUUUCAUCAGGGUGGUGCUGGCCAUGAUUUAGAACAUUGUUAUGCUUUGAAGACCUUGGUGCAAGAGUUGGUUAGAUCAAAGAUGCUAUCUUUCAGGGAUAUGGGUCCUAACGUUGUCACUAAUCCUUUGCCAGAUCAAAGUGGCUGAAGACAAGUCAAAGCCAGAUGGUCUCCUAAAGCCAAGUGUUUCAGACAGGAUAGCUCAUCCUUGUUGCUGAUUAAUCACUAGGCCUUUGUUUCUUUACUGUUUGCAUUUCCUUCAUUGUAUAUUUUGCUUUCAAUCUUUGUUUGUUCCUGAAUGUUAACUUUAAUGAAAUGAG